GGAAUGACAACCUCACAGAGAUACAUUGAAUCCAAAACAGCUGCACGGUUUGCUGACAUGGAGUGGCACACGCCGGACAUAUCGGAGAAAUUCCAGAGUCGAUUUGGCCGGCGGCCUGGAAUGUCGGACGGUGGGGAUACGGGUCUUGGCACGUCAGCUUCUGACAGCCCAGAAGAUUUCUGCAGUUCCAGGAGCAGCCCCUCUUUCCAACCCAUUCGGAGUCAGAUCCCGAUACCCACUGCACAUGUCAUGCCAUCUACGGCGGGUGCCCUGGCCUCUAAGCCCCAGGAAGAGUCCAGAUCUUCAUCCACCUCUCGAACAUCAAGUGGCUCUGCCUCCAAAUCGUCCUAUCUCUCCAAAUCAGCAUCCUCACCCAACUUGGAUGCUGAGACCACGAUGGGAAGCGAGCCUGCUAGGCCAAAGCCAGACAGCCUGAGUCGUUAUCGAAGCCUUGUCAAUGGGUUGGACCACUCGCUUUUUCCCACAAAUCACACGCGGAUGGAUGAGAGCCAGAGGUUUGACACACCAGCUGUGGAACCUACCCUGAACCAGUCAGUCUUGUUGGGGGGCUUAUGCCCUGAUGUCAAACUCAGAUUACAGACUACAGGGAUUAAAGAAAACUCAGACUGUGCGUCUGAGCCCUACAGAGGAACUAUGGAUCAUAGCUAUAAAGUUCUCCCGGAGGUCAGGCCCGCAACUUACCUCCAUGGAGUUUCGGUUCCCAAUGACACUUCCAAUCCCAGGUCCAGCCAGCCUGUGGGUGGUUAUGCGAGCCCUCUUAGCCUGCAGACGCAGGCUCUUUUGAGGGAACAUGGAGGCACCAAAGCAUAUGAUCCAUUACGCCAGGACCGAUGUGGGGAAAUAUUGGGGUGGCAGCAACAGCAACAACAAAGGCAACAGAUGGACAGUAUACGAAUGCAAGUGGAACAAAUGCAGUUGAGUGCUGGGGUUGGCCAGUACGCGUCUUUGUACCCCACAGCCAUGAAUCCUGAGUCUGGCAAGUGGGACGCUCUGGUCAAAGCAAGUGAAGGUCUGCUAAAGGAGAAGGAGCUUAUUAUAGAGCGACAAAAGCAGCAUAUGACUCAGUUGGAGCAGCGUCUGAGAGAAAGUGAACUUCAGGUCCACGGAGCCUUCCUGGGCAGAGGCGCUCCUCUCGGGGAUAUGUGUUUGUUCCGCCUACAGGAAGCUCAGAGGGAGAACGCGUUCCUAAGGGCACAAUUUGCUGAGCGUGCAGACUGCGUCGCCACGGAAAAGGCGGAGGCCGAGCGCAGGUUGGGAGCAGUAGAGGCCGAGACACGCCGACUGACUGACAGCCUGAAGGAGACUUGUGAUAGGCAUACAGAGGAGAUGAAGAAACAGGAAGAGAGAAUUAAGUCUCGCGACAAGCACAUCAGCAACCUGAAGAAGAAAUGUCAGAAGGAGUCAGAACUGAAACGAGAGAAUCAGAAGCGCAUUGAGACUCUGGAGCGAUAUUUGGCCGACCUGCCCACCUUAGAGGACUAUCAGCGCCAAAACAAAGAGCUUCACGAGGCUGAGCAGCAGGCAGCACAGCUUCAAGAGAAAGUAAAAGAAUUGGAGGCUUCCCUAGGGGCAACACGUUCACAUAUUCAAGAAAAGGAGGCACAGCUGGAGGAACAGAGGCAAAAGGAGAGAGGCCUGCUGACCAACAUAACUGAUAUGCAGCAGCGGGUGCAACAGGGCCUUGAAGAUGGUGCGCGACUGCCCUCUCUGAACAUCGACAAGCUUAGAGGAGAGAACAAUAUUUUAAGAGAGGAGCAGCAAAAACUCAAGGAGGUUAUUGAGAAACAACACAGACUGAUGACGCAACUUCAUUCCCAGAUCAAGGAUUUGGAAGAUCAGAUUUCCCAGGAGGAGAGCACUUCUCUAGCUCUGAGAGAGGACAUGUUGGCCAAAGAGCAAAGUAUGACUGAACUUCACAUUUCUAUGAAAGAGCUCUCUUCACAAAACCAGGACCUGAUGGAUCAGAACUUGACCCUGCAGGAGCAGAUGAGUGAGUUAGAGCAGAACAGGCCAAACGAGGCUUCCUCGAAUCUGCAGCCAGCAGGAGCUCGCUUGACACAGGGGCUUCACAAGGAACUCGCUUCCUGCCUCAGUGACUUGCGCUCCUUGUGCAGUAUUUUGACCCAGAGGGCUCAGGGACAAAAUCCUAACCUCUCCCUAUUGUUAGGUCUCACAGCACCCUUACCAAUGGCAGAAAUUGACGAGGAUUUGAUAAGUUCAGACGUGCUCCACAAGAAGCUGCUGGAAGCGCAACAGCUUCGCCGUGAUGUGGAGGAGUUACGUAACCUUAUACUGGACCGCUACGCACAAGACAUGGGCGAUAACUGCACCACUCAAUAG